GCCGACUACGAUGCGGGGGAAAUGUUUGAUAAUGUACCAAAUCCACUGUCUGAUGCUGGGAAUCAUGACGACUACUAUGGCAGACGACUUCGGACUAGUUUGCCGUCCGGUACCUUUGAAGAAGCAUACCAACAGACUUCUAAGUUGACGCCACCGAGAACCGAAGGCUAUACACCUUUCCUAUAUCCUCGUAUUACACAAUCAACAUCAAAAUUUCUUACCGUUUCAUCUAAACAUGCUCGAAACCCUUACACUGUGCCGGAAAUGUUGAUCCAAAACUGCGGUUUGAUCCGCAAUUCUCUUCCUUCAGGUCCUAUCAGAGUCCCCUCUUGCUCCGUAGGAUUCUUCCCUAAUCUGCCUGUUUCAGUGAUUUCACUCCAUCGCUCUAACGUAUCCAUGAUACUCAAGGCGUGGCUCUACACUCUACCUCAAGCCUUUGAUAGCACGUAUACACCACCCUCACUGAGCAAUCCCCUAAAGUCUGGAUUCUCGAUCGGCAUGGCAACCUAA